CGUUAUCGGCAUAUUAACUGCGAUUACAGUUGUGCUUUGUCAGUUUGGCUUAAAUGUCAUUGCUGCUCGGGAAACCGAAAGUUAAAAUCAGCUGGGCUGCCAUAGUAUCAGAUGGUGAAUCUAGAGUCAUCAUGCAGAGUACUGCGAACUACCUGUGGAUGAUGUCUGACCUGCUGGGUCAGGGAGCCACAGCCAACGUUUACCGCGGUAGACACAAGAAAACCGGCGAUCUCUAUGCGGUCAAAGUGUUCAAUAACCUGAGCUUCCUGCGUCCGCUGGACGUCCAGAUGAGGGAGUUCGAGGUGCUGAAAAAACUCAACCACAAAAACAUCGUGAAGCUCUUCGCCGUUGAGGAGGAGUCGAACACGCGUCAUAAGGUGUUGGUGAUGGAGUACUGUCCGUGCGGAAGUCUCUACACGGUUCUCGAGGAGCCGACGAACGCUUACGGACUCCCGGAGGACGAGUUCCUCAUCGUUCUGCAGGAUGUCGCAUGGCGGAGAGGCAUUCUGUAUAAGAUCAUCACAGAGAAGCCUUCCGGCGCGAUCUCGGGCCAUCAGAAGUUUGAGAACGGGAAGAUCGAGUGGAGUUCAGAGAUGCCGAUCUCCUGCAGCCUCUCGAAGGGUCUUCAGAGUCUCCUCACUCCAGUUCUGGCUAACAUCCUCGAGGCAGACCAGGAGAAAUGCUGGGGCUUCGACCAGUUCUUCGCCGAGACCAGCGAAAUCUUACACCGCAUCGUAGUCUACGUGUUCAGUCUGCAGCAGGCCACGCUCCAUCACGUCUACAUACACACAUACAACACGGCGAAUCUCUUUCAGGAGCUGCUCUUCAGACGGACCAACAUAACGCCGUCUCAUCAGGACUUUCUGUACGAGGGCCAACGCCUCGUCCUCGACCCCAACCGGCAGGCUCAGACCUUCCCCAAGACCUCCAGAGAGAAUCCCAUAAUGCUACUGAGCAGAGACCCUGUCAACACCGUCGGCCUGCUGUUUGAGGACCCCAGCCCACCUAAAGUACAGCCGCGCUACGACCUGGAUCUGGACGCCAGCUACGCCAAGACAUUCGCAGGUGACGUUGGAUAUCUGUGGAAGACAUCCGAUUCUUUGCUUCUGUACCAGGAGCUGGUGAGGAAAGGUGUCCGAGGCCUGAUCGAGCUGAUCAGAGACGAGUACAGUGAGACGGCGCACAAGAAGACGGAGGUGAUUCACAUGUGUAACUACUGCAGCAACCUCCUGUUGGCGGAGUACGAUGAGAUCCGGGACAUGAGGAAGAAGGUGAUGCGGCUCUCCAGCUCUCUGGGCUCCAUGGAGCAGACGCUUCAGGACAUCAGCAGCAUGUUCCUGUCGGGAGGAAGUCUGACCGACACGUGGACACAGCAAGUGGGAACGCACCCUGAAGACAGGAAUGUGGAGAAGAUCAAGGUUCUGCUGGACGCCAUCAGCAGCAUCUACCAGCAGUUCAAGAAGGACAAGGCCGAGAGACGUUUGCCUUAUAAUGAAGAACAAAUCCACAAGUUUGACAAGCAAAAGCUGGUUCUUCACGCCACCAAAGCGCGGGCGCGGAAGUUCCAUCACGUGCGGAAGCACCUCCUGUCUCUGACCGGUCAGUUCAGCAGCAUGGAACAGGAAGUGACCCUGCUCGUGCAGCGCGUGUAUAAACUGCUGGAGCAGUUACCGCAGAAGAUUGUGCCCAUGACGUCUGGAGGAAUCAAACCGCAGGCGUACCUCAGUCCCAACACACUGGUGGAGAUGACGCUGGGGAUGAAGAAGCUGAAGGAGGAGAUGGAAGGAGUCGUGAAGGAGCUGGCGGAGAACAACCUGUUCCUGGAGAGGUUCGGGACGCUGACGGUGGACGUGGAUCGGAUGUGACGCGCUCGCCUCUCUCGGAUCAUCACAGCACAAAUCACAAACUCUGUUAGUUGUACAUAUGAAUAGAAUGUAAAUACACGUCUUAAACCUUACGUCACGCCAUUAUUUUAAUCCUGCGUUAAUUCUCUGGAUGUGAACAUUGGGCUCUUAAGCCCAAAUAAGUGAUUUUAUUUCUGUUCUCGUCAUGAAAGUGAAGUACAUCCAUCAUUAGAUCCGUAAGCAUGUGUGCGGUUCGGAAACGCUCCUGCUCGUGUGUGGGUGAACGUUACUGAACGACCUUCAGUGUGAAUGAAAGCGCUUGCACUAUUUAUAGACAUUAAUGUUUGUUUCUGUAAAUGAGUAAAAGAACCGCUGAGUUCUGAUAAAA